AGAGGCGGGGGAAAGCGGGGGCACUCGCUGAUACAACGGAGCACUUUUUUUUGGGCGAUUGAGAGGACCUCGUGUGGCUCCGAGCAUCUCCCUUCGUCCCUCGGUUGAGUUUAAUGUCCGGCGCUGGUUGCCGUCACCCCCAGGAUUUUUAUUUAUAACCGACAAGAAAAUUGGAUGGGACGCACACACGGGCAAGACAAUCCCGGAAAUAGCAUGCGUACUCUCAGUCUGUCACGUACGCUCACAGUGGAUUUGCAUUGCUACAGGCUGCCGUAGAUAUCCUGCACAGCCUCAAAAUGUUUAUAAAACGGAUAAAAACAAAUACUCAGCUUGAGAGUACUAAAUGAGAGUAACUGGUGAAAUAAAGGCAAGUAGAAGAGGACUUGGACAUGCAACUUCUAGUGGCUGUGGCAAAGAUCCUCUCCAUCAGAGAAAACAGCAGCUCAGCUAGAAAAUGAAGCGAGGACGUGAGCUACGUGCGCAUCCAGCAGAUGACGAGGUGAAAUGGAGAGCUUGGGACACACGGACCUUUUAAACCCAAGCUCUUCCCGCGGAUCCGUCGCUGUUUCAGCCUCGCAGGAGAGAAGGACGAGCGGCCAGCAGAGCGUCUUCGGAGCGGCAGAGAUUCACCACACACACCGAUCGGACAUGGGGCUUAACAGCUUUUGCGCGGCGCCGGUCGGGAGUCCAACGGCCGCGGAGUUACUCGCGGGUCUGGCCUCUCAGACCGACUCCCCUGCAAUCACAACCCCGACGAAGCAGUCCAAAACCGGCGUGCCGCUCUACAAUGGCGGGGUGGUGUCUCCAUCUGCCACCGUGGAGGGAAGCCACGCAGGCGUUUUGGCUCACACGCCAAACGGUUACCCGGUACAAAUCAAUGGGGUGGCGGGGGUAACAGGCAGCUCUAUGUACCCCCUCACCAGCAGAGCCCGUCUGGCGGAGAACGCAGACCGGCCAGCUCAUGAGAAGUGUCCUUUAGUGAUGAGGAGGAUCAGUGGUGACCUGAAGGCCAGACAGGUGCAACAACAGAAACGCAGAGCUGGAGAGAACCGGGACAUGGGGUCAGGAACUCCUAACGGACUCAUAAUGGGGUCACCCGGUGUAGGAAGUUCUGUGGACCCAGUUUUUGCUGCGGGAGACUCAGACUCUAAGUGGAGGAGGUUGGCAGAUGGAAGUGCGGCUCACAAGUCUUCAGAGGCCCCCAGAGUGGCCCCAGCAGUUGCCCCGCUUAUGGUCACAGUCAACUGCAGCAACAGUUCUCAUAGCAACCAAAUGACUAUCAAUCACGUGCACUGUGUCAAUCCCCAAUCUCCCUUAACCCAUCAUACUAACCAGCACAACGCACAUAAAGUGGCCUCUUCAGGCCUGCCAGCUGCAUCCAGCCAGACCUCCCACAUCAAAGCUGAGUGCAUCCCGACCCCACCACCUUCUGCAGGGGCUGGCUGGUCAGCAGAGAACAUAGCCCAGCAGUACAUCAUCCCCUGCAUGAAGUACUAUGGCAUCUGUGUGAAAGAUAACUUCCUGAGCCCUCAGCUGGGCGACAGGGUCCUGGAGGAGGUGGAGGUCCUAAACCGCAGUGGAAAAUUUCGGGGCGGGCAGCUGGUGAGCCAGAAGAGCAUUCCCUCUCGGAGCAUCCGGGGAGACCAGAUCGCCUGGGUUGAGGGACGAGAGCCCGGGUGCGAGAGCAUCGGGGCGCUGAUGGCUUACAUUGAUGAGGCCGUCAUGUACAGCGCUGCCAAUGGACAGCUGGGGGACUGUGUCAUCAAUGGACGCACUAAGGCGAUGGUCGCUUGUUACCCAGGGAACGGGGCAGGGUACGUCCGCCAUGUUGACAACCCUAACGGUGACGGACGCUGCAUCACGUGUAUCUACUAUCUCAACAAGAACUGGGAUGCCAAGAAACAAGGAGGGUUGCUACAGAUCUACCCUGAAGGCAAAAAUGUGGUAGCCAGCAUCGAACCUUUGUUUGACCGGCUGCUCAUCUUCUGGUCGGACCGCAGGAACCCACACGAAGUCAAGCCAGCCUACGCCACUCGCUAUGCCAUCACAGUCUGGUACUUUGAUGCCAAAGAGAGAGCUGAAGCUAAAGAGAAGUACAGAUUGGCAUCAGGACAGAAAGGUGUUCAAGUGCCUGUCACCCAAAACAGCAGGACGUAAAUCUCAUCUAAUCACUGGAGAGCACUCCGAAAGUAUUAUGUGCCUUCCUGAACUGCUUAUGGACGUCGCGAUCAAACAGUGGAGACACUGGUAAACUGUCAGUCAUCAAUGCAGCUCCAUGCCACUCUAACAGUGUCAGCUGUUGGAUUCUCGCCACGGGCUGCGAUGUGAUGUUUCUCCGCCAUGUGAUCGGGCUGCUUUAUCAAAGACGCGGCAGAUAUAGAGCACAACAGACUCCAUUGUGUGGCAGAGGUGAGAUCAUAAUUACGCGUCGUGGCUAAAGAAGAAGAAAAUAACUUUGACGUCUCGCUGACUAAUGUAUGAAGACCUCAAGCUGAAAAGAAACGGAAUUGUUAAAUGAUUUCUUUUUUUUUUUUCUUUUUUUGCCUGUUCGGUUAUAAGUGAUGUGAUGUAUUGAGAAAUCAUUGUUUUACUCUGCUCUUGUGUCAUUUUCAUUUCAAACACAAGGAGCAUUAAUGAUGAAUCAGUGGGCAGACAUUGGGGGAAAAGGUGCGCAAGGAGUAGAAAUCGAUGGCGUUAUCCCUGGAAUGACUUAUUUCCCUUUGUCUCAUGAUGUGGGCAAGUCGUGUGUAAAAACAGAGGCACAGAAAAGAGAAAAGUUACAGGGACACACACUUGAAAACUUGCAUGAGGAGAACUCUACACUGUAGUUUGACUCUAUAGAGCACACUAAGUAGUUCAAUAAGUGUUUCUGGACUUCUUUAUUCGGUAUCAGGCUAGGACUAAAAUAUCUUUUGCAACAGUCUCAAAAUGUUAGUGUGACAAAAUCGCUGAAUAAUCCAGCAUGGACCUUUCUUUCUUUUCUGCCGAUACAAUGUGUGAAGCUGCACUGUUUUUUAACGUAACUCAUGUGCAGUGCUGCCUGUAUGACACGGCUCACACUUGAGACAAGAGGAAAGCUUUCCAGUGAUGAGGUAAAAACAGGGUUUGAUGAAACUGUGUGUGUGUGCGCGUGUGCGUGCGUGCGUGUGUGUGUGUUCGCUCAUUAGCCUGUAUGCACAUUCACCCUGACUCUUAGCUGUUCUUAACAAGAUGGACACUUGUCGGACAAACCUUCUGCCCAAACAACAUCUACUUUAUAAAGCACAGAGUUAAGCAUACACCGUAUGCGAACUGCAGGGUCAAACUACUGCGUUCUCAUGUGUCGGAUUGAAUGUUUGUGUUAAAGUGUACUUGCACAUGUAUGUGACAAUUUUCACUGUCUCAAAGAGGGUAGCGAAAUUGUCUGCAGAUUGGUUAAGAAGAAGGUUAUUUAAAAAAAAAAAAAAAAGCACUUUAUUGUUUAAAAUGCCAUGCGUUGAUAGAAAAA